UUCAUUGAUCACAAGGUUUUUAUGUUUCCUCUCAAUUAUACGCUGAGUUGCAAAAUUUUCUCUCCUUGCUGAAUCGGACGGUUACAAAUCACUUGCCUCAGUCUUUGUUUAGACGAGCUCAGUUCAGGUGAUCCUUAUUCCCCUCCUCCUCUGCACUCGCCGCCGCCUUGGUUGAUAUCGACGUCAAUCAUACGCUAGCCGGGAUCUCGGAGAUCACUGAUGGACCGUCCGUGAGUUGCAGCUGCCAGCACUGAGCCCCCGGUCUCGGUUACCUUAUCUCAUUACAAAUUUUGUCCACAAUAACAGGUGAACCAAAUUCAGUGCAUAGAAAAUGUGUUGCAAUUUGGUGAAGACUGCCUGAGUUCCUGGACAAUAUGCUUAAUCACUUGUAUAGGCGCUGCUUGUGUGCUGCUACUCCUCGGCCAUGGCUCUUUGUUGGGUUGGGCAAUCCUGGUGAAAAGUACAAGGGAACUAGACACAAUAUUGGCUUUGAGAUGAUUGAUGCAUUUGCUCAAUCUCAAGGGAUUGCUAUGAACACAGUCCAUUGCAAAGCCAUUUUUGGCCAAGGUAUUGUUGGUGAAAUUCCUGUUUUCCUUGCAAAGCCUCAAACUUACAUGAAUCUUAGUGGUGAAUCAGCAGGACCCAUGGCUGCUUAUUACAAGCUACCUCUUGAUCGCGUGCUUGUGAUCCAUGAUGACAUGAAUUUGCCAUGCGGGGUGCUUCGUCUUCAUGACAAAGGAGGUCAUGGAAGCCACAACGGGUUGAAGAGUGUCAUAUAUCACUUUCGAGGAAAUAGAGAAUUUCCUCGGUUAAGAAUUGGGAUCGGAAGGCCUCCAGGGCAAAUGGAUCCUAAAGCAUUCUUGCUUCAAAAAUUCAAUGUAGCCGCCAGGCAGCGAAUUGACGGUGCUUUGGAUGAGGGAGUUGAGGUAUUGAAGCUCCUUUUAUCAAGAGGUCUGACAGAGAGUGCAAGAAGGUUUAAUAAAGAGCAAAAGUACAAGCACAUAAGAGUGCAGACUUUACCUGUAUGAUAGGAUUCCUUGCUACCAAGGCUGUUUUUCUGAGCUACGUAUGGUAUUUAUCGAUGUGUUGAUUUGCAGAACUGAUGCCUCGAAAGCCGGCUGGAUUGAUUCUGUUAAACUAUCCUGAGAUUUGGACUUCUAUUUGGUUUUUUAGUGAGGUCAUAUUUGUGCGUCUUCAUUUGUUUUCAUUUGGAUGCCGUCUCAAUGGAAAGAUUAGUUUCACAUUUUGAAUUUGUUCAUAGCGGCUCAUGUUUCAUCUUGAGCCAAGCUAGUAGAGCGGCAUCAACCUUUUCCCCCAUGGUAAACUUUCAUGGGUUGUAGUUUUUAUGGUCUCCUGUAAGUUGGCACUAAGGUUCUAUUUACUUUUUAGCCGAUAUUGGGGCGGAACGAAUCCCAGCAGUUGAUUGCAGUGGCAUUUUCUUGGCUAUUGUUUGGUGAUACAUAGGAUUCGCAUUCAAAUGAUGAGCACCCUGUGCUCAGAUCACCUAGCCUUUCAUUUUCUUCCUCAAACGACUGUAUGCUCAGACCUAAAAGGUUAUCUGAGCCCUGCAUUUUCAUCUUCAAA